AUGACCACGAUAAAUAACUCUGGCACGAACGAUGGUGUCCUGGUGGGAAUUAAUAAUGGCACAGUCACGACACAAAUCCAUUUGCCUCAGCGACCAGAAACCCCACCUAGUCCUCUAUCAACUGUCCCAUUCAAGCGCGAUGCAGAUUUUGUUAGCCGAGACCAACUUCUUGGCCAAAUCCACGAGAAAGGUUUGAUCCCCGGGUCUAGGAUAGCGCUUGUUGGUCUUGGUGGUGUCGGUAAAUCACAGCUCGCCAUCGAAUACUCAUAUAGGGUACGAUCUGAGUCACCGGAGACGUGGGUAUUCUGGGUACAUGCAAGCAAUGCCGCACGCUUCGAGCAGAGUUUCCGGGACAUAGCCGAGCAGGUCAAAAUUCCAAAUCGACAGGAUCUUAAGAUCGACAUAUUCAGACUGGUCGAAAAUUGGCUGCGAAAUGAGAAGAGGGGGAAGUGGAUUCUUAUCCUCGACAAUGUUGAUGACGAUGAUCAUUUUCAUAUGCAUCCGCCCAUCGGAAAUGCCGCGACAAAGCCGCUUCUACAAUACCUCCCUACUAGUUUACCCGGAUAUAUUAUCGUCACAAGCCGGUCCGAGAAAGUCGCCUUGAAAAUUGUCGAAUAUAGGGAUCUUGUGGAAAUCCAGCCAAUGGACAAGUCGGAAGGGCUGGAACUUCUGCUAAAAAAGCUUAAAUCAGACGACAAUGAAGAUAGCCAAAAGCUAGUGGAAGAACUUGAGUUUAUGCCUCUCGCUAUUAUACAGGCAGCAGGAUACAUCAGAAGCCGAGCGCCUCGCUAUUCUGUCGCGCGGUAUCUAGCAGAAUUUCGAAAGAGUGACCGCGAAGCGACAAAUCUCCUUAAACAGGAAGCGAAUACUCUUUAUCGGGAUUGGGAGGCAAGUAACUCAGUACUAGUCACCUGGCAAAUGUCUUUUGACUGUAUUCGUCGAAAAAAUCCAUCUGCAGCGGAUUUGCUCUCUCUUAUGUGUUUCUUCGAUCGGCACGGUAUUCCAGAUUAUCUUCUUCGGGUUCAAGACAAAAGCAACCAUGACUCACGUAAAGAGCUUAUAAACGACUCUGAUAAUGAUGGAGACACAUCCGAAUCUGUGGUUGAUGAUUUUGAAGAUGAUAUUGCAACCCUUAGAGACUAUUCGUUUAUCUCGAUCGUCGAAGAUGGCACAAUCUUCACAAUGCAUCGACUAGUGCAAAUGACCACGCGUAUAUGGUUGAAGAUCCACGGAAACAUACAAUUGUUUUCAGAGAGAUCCGUCAAUAUUCUUUGCAAUGAAUUCCCUAUCUGUGAAGAUGAGGAUUGGGAGAAAUGCCGCUUCCUUUUUCCACACGUGAAAUUGGCAACAUCACAACGACCUGAGUUACUAUCGCUCUACCAUCGAAAGGUCUGGGCUACACUACUUUACAACGGUACAUGGUAUGCAUAUGAAACGGGUAAUAUCGCGGAUAUGCUGGAAAUGGCAACGAAAUCAAGGAAAGAGAGGUUGAAACUGCUAGGCGUAGAGAAUGAAGAUUCUCUCAAGAGUGCUGCAAUGUUGGCAGUAGCGUAUGGGCGUUCGGGCCAGUGGAAGAGGGGUGAAAAGCUUCAUAUGCAGGUCAUGGAGCUAAGAAAGACGACACUCGGCGAAGAUCAUCCAAGUACCAUAACGAGCAUGUGUGAACUCGCGGCGACGAUUUGGCAGCAAGGCCGUUAUAAGGAGGCCGAAAGGCUCGAGGUGCAAGUGAUGAACAUAAGAAAGAAGAAACUUGGGGAAACCCAUCCGCAUACCCUAACAAGUAUGGGUAACCUCGCAUUAACGUUUGCGAGUCAAGGUCGUUAUGGGGAGGCAGAAAGCCUCCAGAUACAGGCGGUAGAGUUGAAGAAGACGAAGCUGGGCGAAGACCAUCCUGAGACCUUAAGGGAUAUGGGUAAUCUCGCGUUGACGAUUUGGAAGCAAGGCCGGGAUGAGGAGGCCGAAAAGCUCCAGAUACAGGUGAUGGGAAAAAGCAGGAUGAAACUCGGCGAAGACCACCCUGAUACUCUUAAAAGCAUGGGCAACCUCGCGUUGACAUUUUGGCAACAAGGCCGUUAUGAGGAGGCCGAAAAGCUUCAGAUACAGGUGGAAGAGUUAAGCAAGACGAAACUCGGUGAAGACCACCCUGAGACUCUCACGCACAUGAGUAACCUGGCGAUGACGCAUUGGAAGCAAGGCCGUUAUGAGGAGGCCGAAAAGCUUCAGGUGCAGGUGUUAGAGAUUAGCAAGACGAAACUCGAUGAAGAUCACCCCGAUACCGUUUCGUAUAUGGGUAACCUUGCAUCGACAUUUUGGCAACAAGGCCGUUUGGAGGAGGCCGAAAAGCUUCAGGUGCAGGUGUUAAAGAUUAGCAAGACGAAACUCGGUGAAGACCACCCUGAUACCCUUUCGUAUAUGGGCAACCUCGCAAUGAUGUUUUCGCAACAAGGCCGUUAUGAGGAGGCCGAAAAGCUUCAGGUGCAGGUGAUAGCGAUAAGAAAGAUGAAACUCGGUUCGGACCAUCCUGAUACCCUAAGUUGCAUCGGGAAUCUGGCGUGGACGAUUUUCAAGCAAGGCCGCUACAAAGAGGCUGAAAGGCUUCAUGUACAGGUGAUGGAGACAAGCAAGACAAAAUUCGCUGAAGACCACCCUGAUACGCUUCAGAUUAUGUCAAAUCUUGCCUGCGCUUGGAGACUUUUAGGUCGAUUCUCCGACGCUGUUGAUCUACUCCAAGAUUGCUUAGCUAGGCGGGAAAGGGUCCUUGGGAUAAAUCACCCCCAUACGCUGGCUACUUCGAAAGUGUUGCUUCAAUGGACUAGUGAGAAAGUCAAUGAUAUUUGA